AUGGGUGUGGGGAGGUUUUAACAGAAGAGAACACCCCCUCUGUGAAGCGAUAAAUUAGCAUUUCUGUCUCAUGGGGUACAAUUACAUAAUUUUUUUUUGUUCUUUGCCAAAUGUUUGCACAGCAAUAGCCAUUUCUGAAGACUCUGGAGUGUGGAGUCUACAAAACCUGGAGCAGCAUUCACGUAGAAUCGCUGUCAGUUUCUACAGCCUCACAGAAUGAAGGGUUGGGGCAAAGUCACCCUGGCAUAUCUGCUGCUACUCCCGUCUCUACUGCUAGAAGUAUGCUGUGCUGAGCCGGUGCAGUGCCAGUGGGGCGCCUAUGGGGACUGGUCCGAAUGUGAUGGGUGCACAAAAACACAGAGGCGGACUCGACCCAUUGUCACAUACGCUCAGUUUGGGGGCGCUCCCUGUUCAGGGGAGUCCACGCAGACGCAAGGGUGUACCCCAAAAAGAGGCUGUCCUCUGGAUGAAGGGUGUGGAGACAGGUUCCAGUGUUCCUCAGGGAAGUGUAUCAGCAUGGCGUUGGUCUGUAAUGGAGAUCAGGACUGUGAGGAAGACGCGCUUGAUGAGCAGGGCUGUGAAGGGUCCCUGUGUGACAUCCAGCGAGUACCACCCAAUGUAGAGCUCACCGGCAAAGGAUUCGACGCGGUGACGGGGAAACUACGAGGCGGAGUCAUCAACACCAAGAGCUUUGGGGGACAGUGCCGAAAGGUGUUCAGCGGCGACAACAGAUACUUCUACAGGCUACCGCAGAGCCUUGUCGGCUACAACUUCCAGGUGAAGAUCGAAAACGAUUUCAGCGACGAGUUCUACGACAGCUCCUGGUCGUACGUGAAGCAUGUAGAGCAAAGAGCAAAUUCGAAUGAGGGACACCAUUAUAAGACCUUUCACCAAGAAGCGACCAAAAAAAAGACCCACAGGUUGCUGAUAGUGAAGAAUGACGUGGAGGUGGCACAGUUCCAGAACGCACCGCCAGCGUACCUCCCGCUGUCUGAGGAGUUCUGGAAGGCUCUGUCCGCCCUCCCAGCGGUGUACGACUACCCAGCCUACCGGAGCCUCAUCGAGAGGUACGGGACCCACUUCCUGUCCGAGGGAACCCUCGGGGGGAAGUACCAAGCCAUGCUGGGAAUUGAUGUGAAGGAGGACAGCCAAAAAAGCUCCAGUUAUGAAGAUUACCACAGGUGUGUGACAAGAAGGUACAGCAUUUUGUUCAUCUCGUGGUCGAAGACCGAGUGCAGAUCGUUCGUCGACAGUGUCCAGCAGGCCAGUGGGUCCAACAGCAGAAAGAUUCCUGUGGGCACGGACAUCGUCGGCGGAGACCCCGCCUACAUCGCCGGGCUGUCAUACGUGGACCUGGACAACCCCGCCGGCAACAAGGACAUGUACACAAAGUGGGCGGGGUCAGUGAAGUCCUUCCCCACUGUCAUCCAGCCCAAGCUGAGACCCCUGCACGAGCUGGUGAAGGAAGUGCCGUGCGCCGCACUGAAGAGGCUCCACCUGAAGAGGGCGACAGAGGAGUACCAGACGGAGGAGCACCCCUGUCGCUGCCGGCCCUGCCGAAACAACGGCCUGCCCGUGCUGAGCGGGACAACCUGCACCUGCGUCUGCAAGCUGGGCACCUCCGGGCCCGCCUGCGAGAGCGGGACUGCCCUGGAUGAGCAGCCAGGGGUCAUCCAUGGAAAGUGGACCUGUUGGUCAGCAUGGUCUUCCUGUCACCAAGGUCAAAGGUCAAGGACGCGAACCUGCAGCAACCCGUACCCCAGCGGAGGGGGGCGGCACUGCAAUGGGGAGUCUGAGGAACGCAAAGCCUGCGAGGACGAGGACCUGGAACACCUGCGCACUAUGGAGCCACACUGCUUCGACUCCUCCCUUUCACCCCCCAAGUCCUGCAAGACUCCGCCUCCCCUAGUGAACGGAAUCAUCGUGGACCCCAAAGACACGUACCCGGUGGGCACCCGGGCGGUGUACUCCUGCGUGGGGGGGUUCCACAUCAUCGGGGACCCCACAGUGGAGUGCCUGGACGACCUGACCUGGAGGAGACACGCCAUGGAGUGCAGGAGCACGGUAUGCAUGGCCCCACUCCUCCUUGAUGAUGUCACGGGCUCCCCUUGGAAGCUGACCUAUCAGAUUGGAGAGACCAUCACGUUGUCCUGCCCACCAGGAAGGGUGCAAGAGGGGGGAUCUGAGAUCCAGUGUGACUCCAGUCUAAACUGGUCCCCCCAGCCAAAGAGCAUCAAAUGCAGCAUGUUGCCGACAAAAGUCCCAGACAGAGCUGUGGAAUGUGAGCCGUGGAUGAAGGCAGAGAAGGGCCGCUGUGUCUGUAAACUACCUUAUGAAUGCAGCGUGUCUCUGGACGUAUGUGCCACUGAUGCGGAGAAAGGCCGGACGCUCAGGCUGAGCUUCUGUAAGAUGCAAGCCCUCAUCUGCCUGGGUCAGCGCUACGUCCUGGCCGAGAACAGCGCCUGCCAGUGGCCGAGCCGUGAAACUGCGGCUUGCUCCUCGUGCCAGCCGGGGGAGACGUGCGCCGGUGAGACGGGCAGGUGCCGCUGCAAGGAGCCCACGGAAUGCACGGAACCCGGGGCCCUCCUGUGCGUCCAAUCCGGAGAGGGCGCCGUUGCCGUGACGAUGUCGGAAUGCGAGGCGGGACUCAGGAGAUGCAAGGGGGAGAAAGUGUCUGUUGUUGGCGUGACACCCUGUCAGGUAUAAGGGGGAAAACAACUAUUGUACCUGUCUUUAAAAUGGAGGUCUUGUACAGGGUUGUACCAUUACGCUACAUUUAUUUGGUAGAUGCUUUUAUCCAAAGCGACGUACAAUAAGUAUCUACCGAAGGUCAUUGGAGCUAGUACCAUAACAGAUACAUGUCAUAUUUGUGCAUCAAAGGUUUGAUUUUGAUUUUAAUAAGCAUUUGUUUUUAAUUUCAGUACAAACCGAAAAAAAUUGUAUGUAGGACCUCCUGUAUUGUUUUUUACAUUUCCUUAUAACUGCUUGUUUAUGUUUGCAACCACCCCCCCCCCCCCCCCCCACACACACACAUACACUCACAAAUACCGUGUGCUAUUUUCCAGUAAACUUUGUUGUUGCUGAGGUAAAGACUUCUUGGACUUGCAAUUGCUUCCAUAAAUAUUAUCAAAUAAAUACAAUUUUAUCAA